GUCUAGCUUGUAAACAUAAUUUUAUACGAUGUUUGUGAAAGUUAGAGGACCUGGUAAACGAGUCGAAACUGUAACAACCACUUUGUCGAUGCAGAUAAAAGAAUUGAAAGAAAAACUUGCCAAUAUUUUCUCUGUGGAUCCAGAAGAUCAACGACUGACACAUAGACGGAAACAGUUAGAAGACCAAUAUCAAUUAUUCGAUUAUGGUGUGAAAAUUGGUGACCUGGUGUUGUUAACUGUAAACCGAAUAGUAAUUCAGAAAGAAGCUGUGACAGAAACCAAAGAACCUCUCAGUAUAGAGAAACGUUUGAGGGAUUUGCCUCAGAUAUCAGAGAGUAAACACUUCAAGGUUGGCGAGUACGUUGACUUUCUGGACACACAUUUUGGAGCGUGGUUUCAAGGCAAAGUUAAAGUUAUUUAUGUGGAGGACCAGGCACGUUUAGAUGCUAUUAGUGAGGAAACUAUCCCACCGACCCAGAGGAAUGGGGAACGGGAAGCUGACUACAGCAACAAAGGUGUUGGUGACAAAACCGAAGAUGCACCAGCUCCAAGUACCUUACAUAGAGACUCACCUGUGGAAAUCUCUGAUGAUGAAGUAGUAGAUGUUGUGACAGUUCGAUCGAGUAGCCCCGAAUCGGUAAUUUACAUCCCAUCAGAAGAAGAACCAGUAAUUUACCUUCCCCCAGAAGAUCCAGAUGUUCAGGUAAUAUAUGAACCAGAAAUUUACGUGCCUCCAGCAAUCUAUGUUGCUCCAUACCCACGUGGUGUAGAAACAGUUGACUUGGUUGCAAAUACACCAAUGUCAAAUGUAAAUAAACAGGUAGAACUGCAAGAAAUCACUUGUGACCAGUCUUCGCAUAAAAUAUGUGCAGUGAGUGAUACAGGUGGUAAAAGAACAGUUGACUCCAUUGGUAAUACACAGAGGACGAAUGGAAGUAAAAACGGUGUGCCGCAGAAAAGGACGUGUGGCCGACCUUCAAAUAAAAAAAAAUCAGUGAGUGAUACAAAUAGUAAGAUAACAGGUGACACCAUUGGAAAUAGUCCGAGGCCAAAUGAGACUAGACACGAAGCGCUGCAGAGAGCGCUGCAUGAAGCACUGCAAGAAAUGACUUAUGACCUAUCUUCCGAUAGAAUGAAUGGAGUGAGUGAUACAGAUCAUUCUGAAAGUGGUGACAGUGGACAUUCUUCUCAUAUGUCACUCAAGAACACUUCACAAAGCAAUGGAUGGGCAGAAUGUGAGGAAGCUUCCAAUCAGCAAGCACUGCCAGAUGAUGGUUGUUUGUAUGAGAUAAUUAAUCUGAACACCAUCGAUCAGAUAGACAUGUUGUGUAAGCUGUCACAAGUUCGGCCAAUGUCGCGUAAACUUCUGGACAUGACAGAGAUUGAAUGUGGCCAGACUGUUUUGGUUAAUUACAGUCUGGAUGGAACAGAUAAAUUGGGUCACUGGUUUGACUUCAAGGUUUCGAAAGUUGUGAACGGUAGUAAAAAGAAGUGGCUCGAAGGUAUCAUUCACGUGCUUAACUGGAAUCCUUACGAGGUGACUGGUGUGAAGAUUACGAAAGUGGACAUGAUAUGGCAGAUUGAGAAACUAACAUUGCGGAAGCAAAGAGAAGAUUUGUGCAGUGCUCAUAAUGUACAGAAACGUCCGGUUCGUGCCAUCUGUGACAAUUGCAAUGACAACCCAGCUGCACAGUGUAGAGCUUGUAGCUGUCGAGUGUGUGGCCUGAAGAGCGAACCGUCCAAGCAAAUCAUGUGUGACGAAUGUGACUCGCCGUACCACGUGUGGUGUCUUACGCCUCCACUGGCAGAAGUUCCGGAUGUGGAUCAGUGGUUUUGUCACAACUGCAACGCCAUCGCAAAUGAGAUUCUCAAAGCUGGUGAAGAGCCGAAAGUCGGCAAGAAGAGGGGACGCAAGCCCGCAGUGACGAAUAUCUCUAGUGAAGUGCUGAGCACUUCUCCUGAGGCGAUCAGCACUUCUCCUAAGGUGAAGACGAGCACUUCUCCUAAAGUGAAGGGCACCUCUCCUAAGGUGAAGACGAGCACCUCUUCUAAGGCGAUGAGUAUCUCUCAUAAGGUGAAAAGCCCAUCUCCAAAGAAGUCGGAUAUCUUUCCUCGAGUUAAGAGAGUCCACACCAUUAGGCGGAGCAUGGCGAAUGCCUCGAGGACAAAAAUGUGUACAGUAGUGCCUUCUAGCCACUUUGGACCUAUACCGGGGGUGGAAGUAGGAACAACGUGGAGAUUCCGGAUACAGGCAUCUGAAGCAGGAGUUCAUAGGCCACCUGUGGGCGGAAUGCACGGACGCGAGGACAUUGGUGCCUUCAGCAUCGUGCUGAGCGGAGGCUACGAAGACGAUGAGGACUUCGGAGACUGGUUUUGGUACACGGGUGCCGGCGGUCGGGACCUCUCCGGCAACAGGCGUACGACUAAUAGGCAGACGUGUGAUCAGACGUUCACACAUACUAACAAGGCUCUCGCACUUAAUUGUAAUACUGAACUGAGUGAAGAAGGAGGGAAAGCUGUCGACUGGCGAGCAGGGAAACCAGUACGUGUACUUCGAAGCUACAAGUUCAGGAAACGCUCCAUAUAUGCUCCUGAGGAAGGCUUGCGAUACGAUGGCAUAUACAAAGUCGUCGAAUAUCUCCCACAUAGAGGAUGUUCUGGAUUUAUUGUCUGGCGAUACUUACUGCGUCGAGAUGAUCCCACACCCGCCCCGUGGACAGAGGAAGGAAAGAGGUUAAUAGAGUCUCUCGGCCUUCAAAUUGAGUAUCCAGAAAAUUACAAUCCGACACUGUCCGAGAAGAAGUCGGAGAAAAGUUCCAAGAAGUUAGAAAAAAGUUCCAAGAAGCCGAUAGAAAAACCCGUGACGAAUGAGAAUGAAGAAAACAGUUUGCAUAUGAGUGUUAGAACUGAAACCGUGAUGAAUGAGACUGAAGAAAACAGUUUGCAUAUAAGUAUUAAAACUGAACUGUCUGAAAAUUAUGCAACCAUGGAAGAAAGUCACAUGAUGGAUGAGAAUGAAGAAGACAGUUUGAAUAAAAGGAUUAAACCUGAACCGUAUGAAAUUGAUCCGAGAAUAGAAGACAUCAUUGCUAAAGAUGAGCAAAAUAAGGAGCUGUGGCAGUACUGCAGCUUUUAUCUUAGAGAUGGGAAGAUGAAAUACCUCAAAGCUAUUCAGGAGAAUUUUACAUGCAUCUGUUGCCAAGAAUUGUUGUACCUGCCAAUAACGACACCGUGCAGCCACAAUGUAUGUUUGGGAUGUCUGCAGAACUCUUUCCAGGCAGAAGUGUACAAGUGCCCAACAUGCAAGGAAGACUUGCCUGACAGUUUCCCAUUUGUUGUGAAUGAACACUUGUUUGAAGCCCUGAAAGCAUUCUUUCCGGGAUACAGACCCAGCAAUGGAACAGUGCUGCACUACAGUUGAGCUUCAAAGAAGGCCACGAGCAGGGUAGAAUCAUCAAGUAUUAAAAGGGCUGUGUUGUAUAGCUUAGGAGUUUUUGUGCUUGACUAUACAUUUAGUUGUAAGCAUUUCGUGUCAUUUAUAUUGAAUUUUAAAACAAAUAUAAAACCAAAUGUCCCUUUGAAUGUGUUGCAAGUGCUGAGAUUUUCUUUCUCAUGUUGUGUACUAUUACUGGAGUGAUUUCACUUCUCAGAUUUUUAAUGAUUUUAGUUCAGAUUUGCUAUGUUUGUAUGUGUUACUGUCCAGUUAUAUGUAUACUUGGCUAUCCAUUGUACCAAGAAAUGCCCUGUUCUGUACAGGCAGUUCUAUAUUGAACAGUGUAGACACUAAUUACCAGUACAUUGCUUAUUUUAUAGUUGGUGGUUUUUUGACUUACGUACCAACUGUUUCUAUUUUUCAUUACUUAGUUCUACUGUGCUCAUGUCAGGACUGCUUUAAUAAUUAGUUAUGAAGAGAUCAGUGUGUUAUCCUUCAUUAAUAUUCUGUUUUGUAAUGAAUUUAUUGCUAA